GACCAAUCAAAAUUGUCCAAACAACACUGUGCCAAUAUUUCGCGCGAAUUGCUGAAGAAGGGAAUUCUACAUGUGAAAUUUCCAGAGAUCUACAGAUGUCCCAGGAAAGAUGAUGGUUACGGCUGCCAGUGACAGCAAUAUGAAUGUCAUAAACAUCUUGUCAACACUUCAGUCGAAAAUUUCAAGUAAAGAUGACAGAAUCAAAGCUUACACAAACUUCAGCAAUCACAUGAAGGAGGAUGAGUUGAGUCUGUUUAAUCUGGAUGUGGCAAAGCAUGCAGACGAGGUAUGGUCAAUCUUACAACUGGACAUCAUGAGUGACCAGUCCCUGUUAGCCCACUCAGCACUACAAGUACUGGGAUUUUUCCUCCACGACAGUGAUAAUGUCGGGAGCCUGUCAGCGACGAAUGUUGGAAAUGUGAUAUCUGUUCUAACGAAUUGUGUGUCACAGACAGAUGACAAAACAACCUGUACCCGUGCCUUGUGGUGUCUCAGUCGACAGAACUUACCUAGUGAUGUCGUAAACAAAAACGUGUCUAUGAUGCUGAAUUCUGCCGAGUUCGCCAUGGAGAAGUGGAAGUUACAGUCGAUCACUGUGGAGAAUGAAGCUUCAAACAUCAUUGCCAGGCUCCUUGAAGUGUGUCCAAAGGAGAUGAUCAAUCAUAUUGUCCAGUGGGGGAAGAUUUUGCUUGUACAACUAGUCCACAGCGCCAUUAAAAUUCGCGAGAAAGCGUUGGAGGUGGUCAACACACAGUUAUCUUCCCUAAUGACUGAGCAGAAAGUGCUUUCCAAGUUUUUGAUGACAGAUUUUAACAAGAAAUUUGGAGCUGAAAUGGAAAGAUUGUUUGGUAGCAGACAUGAGAUUCAUGUUCUGAAAACCUGGGGAAUUCUUGUCCAGAUUUUAGGAGAUGAUCUUCAUCGUGGCAGCUUCAUCAACCAUGUACUACCCAUUGCAGAGUUAGGGUUCAAGAGUUCAAAUCCAGAGGUCAAAUGUUUGGCCUUUCAGGCAUGGCAGCAACUAAUAGACAACUUUGCAACCAACAAUGCCAUCCUGACAGACCCCAAGCGGAUCAAGCUAGUGAUGCAAGUAUUCAAGUUAAACAACGCCAAGUCUGAGAAUGUGGCACUUACCAAACUUCAGGUGUGGUGGCACUUCAUCUGGCUCCUUGGCCCUAAGGUUUCCGCACACUUUGAUCAGGUGUGUGUACCACUUUUACACUUUUGUCUUGGAGGCGGAAAGCUUAAUAAUCACCUUACUGGAGCAGCUACGCCACGUACUCUAAAGACUGGGACAAGUCCUAUCACCCCUCAGAUGAACCUGAGUGUCCUUGGCUCAUCCAGUGCACCACCUGUGAUUCCGGCACUGCAGCUGAAGGGCUGCGAGAUACUUGCUCACAUUCUUGGUAGCCUGCCCAGUGACCUUGACUUUCCUCGCCCUAAUUACACAAUGGAUCCACUGAGUCACGAAAUCAUCACCGGACCAUCCUGUUUCUACAAACAUGCCAAUCUUCUAGUCAACAGUACCACUGAAAUCAUCUGUUCACUCAGCAAGAAAGUCCCAGAGGCACUGUUAUACCAAGUCUGGUACUCUCUGCUUGCUCAUAUGAAGAACGCCCUGGAGCACCUGAAGCUGGACAUGAGGGAGAUCCUCACAUCAUUUUUGACACAAUUCCAGAUCAUCAUCCUCAGCCAGGCCCUACCUCAGAAAGUCUUACUGAAAAUGUUUGAGGUGGUAUGCUGUCUUCCGAGAAAGUCGCUGACAUCUACGGCUUACAACGUGGGUAACGGGGAGAGGAUUCAUGGAACACCUGCCUUGUUUCUGACUGAGCUUCUCCUUACCCCGGUACUGCUAACUGCAGGAACUAUCUCCGAGAGCUACAUGGCACUAUUUGGAAUUUUGGUUGACUGUGGUAUCAGUACAUCAUCAGGGUCGUUGGAGUUCUGCAAUUCUACCUUGCGAAUGUUAGAACAGAAUCGAGAGUUUGUUGAAAUUCAGGAAUUGAUGUGGAGACUCUGGAGUAGCAUGGUGAACCCACUCCACGAACACAUCAAAAAGACUAACGAGGUAAACCAAGGAGAUGCCCUGGAACACAACUUUAAUUGUCUGUAUGCUGUCCUCGUGUUCCCGGUACAGCAAGGCCUCGUCACCUCCAUGCCUCAGGCGUCCGUGAAGACUUUGCUCAAGACAUGGUGUGAUGUGUACAAGACUUUUGCUCGACUCUCGGCUCUCGUUACCAAUGCGGAUGCCAACGUAUGCUGUGAGGAAUUGUGUCACCGACUCCUCAAACACACCAGUCAGGAUCACUUAGAGGAGGUCGGAUACCUAGACUUUGUUUCUCAGUGCUGUCUGGCCAUGGUCACUGCUGUGGACUUUUCCUCCCUGGGAUCUGUUCCGUCCUUUAACCUCAAUGGUUUAAGUCCAGCUAAAUGGGCCAAGAAGAAACAGAAGCCUAUGGACAACAUCCAAAGCUUGGUGAUGCUCAGCCAACAGCUGCUGGAGGCCACCCUGAUCCUAGCUGUAAAAGGGGAAUCUGGAAAGAAACCAGGGGUCGGUUCCCUGUCUAACACUGCCAGUGUGAUGGUAGAUGUCCUCACACAGCUGUUCACACACGUCAGCACUUCAAACAUCAUCUACACUAUGAUUGGUCACCUUGCUCAACCAAUCGCAGACCUCUUCCAGGGAUCAGCUGGAAAGACAACAACUAAAAUAUAUACCAAUGUCUUUCAACAGAAGCUUGAAAAACUAUGGCAGACAAUAACAAACUCUGUGCAAAGUAAAUUCACCUCUAAAGCAGACUCGGAACUACUGGCAAAGUUAUCUCCCUUGCUGGAAGCAACAUUUCUGCAUCCAAGAAGAGCAAUGAAAAACAUGACCACCAGUUUCUGGAAGGCAGAAUUUAGUCAAUCAGCACCGCUGGUUUAUCCAGAGAGCCUCAAGCCUGUGCUGUGUAAAGUGAAGGAGAAGACCUCCAUUAUCCUGCCUGGUUGGUCAGCGGUCGACAUAUCUGUUGUUGAGGAAACUCCUGUCAGUCAGAUGAGCCAGGCCGAGUCACAGGCACCUGAGCCACGCCUGCCUGGAAUGCCAUCCCCCGUCAAAAUGCACGGCAGCUUCCUUAACAAGGCUGUGUCGCCUCACAUCAAAAAGUCUCCUGCCAAACCUGUUGUCAUGGAGAAAGGAUGUCAAGAGGUGGCCAAGCGAGAUCUUCUGUCUGUUAACGGGAUGAAGAAUGAUGAUUUUGUUGUGAUAAAGUCUCCGCUGAAGAAGAAAAGGAUUCUCACUGAACAUCAGAAAGAAGUCUUCCGCGAGAAAAAGACUUUCCCAGCCAUGUUUAACACCCUAGACUUGUCACAAGAUGUCUCCCUGAUGGCGUCGCAGUUCGGUAAUGAGAACACACAGAAUGGGUCCCAGUUGCCUAGUUCAGAUUCCGUAAUUGUCCUGGGGUCUUCUGGUUCCCUAGGGUCUCAGUCCAACAUGAAUCAAGCUGAUAGCAUGAAGGCGACAAGGGAGGAAAAUCUGGCCAAUACUGAUACCAAGUUGAUGAAAAAACCAGGAAAACUAAUGAGGCGUAGAUCUGUGAGAUUCCGUGACUCAGAUAAACAAGAUGAGGUAGAUUCUGUAGAGCGUACAAGUGUAGAUGACAUUGAAUCUCGUAGUAUUGAUCAUUUCUCUGUGAUUCAGCAGGCAAUUGGACAGACUGAGGAUGCUCUGAAAUCAGUUGAAAAGUCUUCUCUGGGUGAGAAAGAUGUUCGAUCUUCAGGAGAGAAAUCAGUUGAAAAGUCUUCCCAGAGUGGGAAAGAUGUUCCAUCUUCAGGAGAAAAAUCUAUUGAAAAGUCUUCCCAGAUUGAGAAAGAUGUUCCAACUUCAGGAGAAAAAUCGGUUGAAAAGUCUUCCCAGAUUGAGAAAGAUCUUCCAAAUUCAGGAGAGAAAUCAGUUGAAAAGUCUGCUCUGAGUGAGGAAGAUGGUCCAUUGUCAGAAGAGAGUGUUGUGAUACCCUCUCUCCCCCAGAACCCUUUAGGGGUGAUUGGACUGUUUGAACAAUUGAGUAGUAAAUCAUUAUCUCUCGAGUCCAAAAAAAGCGAAGAAAGUAGUACGUCACAAAAGGGUGAUGUGGAAGAGGGUAUGGAAGGAUGUACAACAUCAGAGAAUAAGUCAAGUCGGCCAUUAUUGAGUUGGACCAACAAGUUGACUGCUCUCAGUCAGUCACCACUUUCAACAUCUCAGCGACAGGUCAGGUCAGAAACUUCACCAGACAGAUCUCUGUCACCUGAAAGUCUUACAUCGAGUCAGGAAAAAACUUGCUCUCCCCAAAAGAAAUCGCCACGGAAGGGUAAAAUCAGCAAUUCAUCUGGACAAGCUAAAUUAGAUAAAUGGUUUAGUCAGCCAUCUUUAUCAAAAAGGGCAGGGAAAGCUGUAACAAAGGCUGAGGUAAAAGAUAGUACACAAAGCUCUCAGGUUGUAACUGUCAUUGAGGAGACACAAUCGCCCAUAAGGCAUGGAAGUAAAGAGGAAAUUACUGAGAAAGGAACGAUCGAAAGCCCGCCACAUCACAACAGGCAAGCUGGGAUACGUGGCAGCCACAAGAAAUUAUUUGGUGGAGACAGUCGGAAGGAAAUGGAAGACUUUAUGGAGGAUUCGAACAUCAUUCCAGCUUCUCCUCCAAAGUUGAGGAGUCAAUUCUCCAGGAAGAUUGGAACACCGGUUCUUAUGUUGAAACGACUGACCGAUGACGAGAUCAAGCAGUUCAGUCCAACCCGCAAAAAGCAUUCAUCUCAGAAUGGAGAUGAAGAAACUGCUGAAGAACAAGUGCCACAGGAUUCUUCCGCGGCUAGUGAUGAAUUACAUGAACAUGAUGACUUCUCUGAAAUCCGUCCGCUCGACAGUGAAGAUGUUAUACCAAGUUCUCAGGGAUUCAAUACUUUGACUGGUGACACUGUUAAGUCAGAGACUGUUGAUUCUGAUAAAAGUCAGAACCAGGACAUCGCAAUGGAAAAAAGUUGUGUCAAAGAUAUUUCAAAAAAAGGAAAUAGUAUAGAAUGUUCUGAAAGUGACGAAGACAUUGAAAUGGCUAUAUCAGAUCCAGAACCAACAUCCUUAUCAGAGACUAAAGAUGAUAUGGAUGACCUGAACACCUAUGAUCCAGGAUUGGACUCGACAUUCAAAGAUUGUACUUCAGCAACACCCAAAAUGUUUGAUGUUAAAAAUUUAGACAAGGAAGAAAGUGUUCAAACUGAUUCUGCUGACUCUCAGGAGGAAAUCAAGUCUGCUAGUGAGGAUAGCAAUAAAUCCUACGACCCUAAGGAGGUUUCGACUAUGGCCAGUGAUGUGCCAACACCAGGUCGAGGCCGAAAACGCAAACAGACAUCUCCAAUGCACAUGUCUCCAGAUAGCAUCAAACCAAAACGGAUUAGAAGAGUUCCUAAGAAGUAUUCAAAUUUUGAUGAGAUAACUUUUGAAGCAGAGACCAAAGUCCAGCGAACACCUAAGUCUGGGACACCUCGGUCUUCUCGUAGGCCAAAACAAAGCCCACAAACUAAGGCAGCGUUAUACGGAAAAGUGGAAACUGGUCCUAUACAGGUGAAAGUGGAUAUACAUGUGUCGCCAGACAAAACCACAGAACCACUUGAUAGGAAAGACACUGAGGUGAUUAAUCAGGAUGAACACAUUAAUGAUUCAGAUAUUUCUUUCAAUGUUAACAGCUUGAAAGAAAAGCUGCAGAAAGGUGCCAUAGAGAUCAACGAGUGUUUACAAUCAAAAAGAACUGAUGUAACUGCAUCAGAAGAUAUGGGAAUAAGUGAUAAGGUAGAUCAGGAAGAAAUGAGUGAUAAAAUGGAUAAAAAUCCCGAGUUGGAAGAGCUGAUCAGCGAGAAAACACCAGAGGGAAGGUCAUCUCGCAGCACACCACACAGAAAGAGUACCUCAAAGACCAAGAAAGAGGUUAUUCAGAAGAGGGCAAGACAAAUGGAGAAAACUAUUAUCAUCAACUCCGGUUUGUCAAAUCUUGACAGCGACAGUUCUGAGGGUGAUUCAUGUGUCAGCAAAAUAGUGUCAGCUUCAGAAUCUCAAGCUGAUGCAGGUACUCGCAAAAUAUCUGGAGCUACAGAAUCGCAGACUGAUGCAAGUUCAACAAAAAUAUCUUUGGCUUUGGAAUUUCAAACUGAUGCAAAUUCUCUCAAAGUUUCUGAAGCUGUGGAAUAUCAAACUGAUGCACUUUCUAAUGUUUCUCCAAAGAAGAACAUCUCCGAGUCAGUUCCUGAAUGUGGAAUGGAGUUAGGAGACAGCUUGGACAAUUUUGAUGUGCUUGUGAUUGAAUCUUCUGACAAUGACAACACUUUGAAAGUUAAAGAAAAAGAGUUCAGUGAAACGGAAAAUGGGGUAGAGGAAUGUGUUACAGACAAAGACGGAGAGUCCAGUAUCAACACAACAGACAUUCCAGAUCAAAUGGAUGCCCAGGAUGAUAUUCCGUUAUCAUUUCUUAGGAGCAAUGGCGAGAGUGAUUCAAACAGAGUAAAAAGUGACUCAGAUGACGACGAUGUACCAUUAAUUCAGAUUAAAUCAAAAGGGAAGAAUAAAGGUGAGGAGAUUACAAAAGAAAGUGACAAGCUGAAUGAGAUUGAAAAAGACGAUGUUGUUGACUUAACCGAGUCGGAGGAAUUUACUGAAAAGAAAACAUCUAGGAGAAUCGGGGAGAAGACAGUAUUUACAACAACGCGCUCACAGACUCUGCUUACCCGGUCUGGUAGUAAGAGGAGAAUGUCAGCAGGAGUAACAAAUAAGAGGGAUAAUAAAAACCUUAGCCUUAAAAAGACUGCCAGGCAGAAAAAGCAGGAAUCCAAGGAAGAAAACAGCGACAAGUCAUGUGAAGAAAAUAUUACCAAUUCUACAAAUACAGGAAUUGAGAUGGAUAUGGAGACUCCAGAACCCUUGGGAAAUAAGUCGCAGGAAACAACAGAGAUAAAUAACUCCAAAUUAGCGUCUGAAGAUCAAAGUGAAUGUAAUGUUAAAAGUUCAGGCAAACUUCUGCAGGAUAAAGAGAUUGAAGAGGAAAGUUCUAAAAAUCAAAAUCAAAGUAUACGUAAUGUUAAAAGUUCAAGCAAACUUCUGCAGGAUAAAGGGAUUGAAGAGGAAAGUGAUAACAACAACGAUAAAAACUUUGAAUUGGCCGAAUCUCCAGUGAUCAGACAAGAGAAUGAUUUAGAUGAAACUCCUCGUAAGAUCCCUGAUAAAACAUUCGUUCCAAGUGGUUGUACUUUGUUUGAGAGUCAUUCCGACACUAAAUUGAUGUCGGCCUCACGGAAGUUUGACAAGAGCCGGCACGUUGUGGCGAGGCGCAGCAUCUUGAAGCAGCCGUCUCCUUCACAGAACUCUGUCGAAGAGUCCUCACCGGUUACAGGCAAAAGAUUUCAUCCAAUCAAAGUUGGUAAUGUGCAUUCUCCUUCGGCAUCACCUAGUGCAGGAAUUCUGAAGAAGCGACGUCUGAGUGGGGACACGGCAACAAACUCCCCAUCACCACCUGGCAAGCAGCGCCGGGUUUGUUUCGCUCAUCCAUUGACCAUGGAACAAGAAGCUCAAAAUCUUGCCAAUCAGGAAAGUGGUAUGAUGAAAACAGAUUCCAUAAAAUCUGCUUCUCCAUUGGUCACAGCUAGCAGAGUGACUUUCUCAUCAGAAAAGUAUUUUACAGUGCCAGGUAGUCCAUGCUCAAAACCCACUGCCAAAUAUCUGCCCAUGAUAAUGAGUCCAAGUGCGAAACAUCUAAAAAAAUCCCUGCCAGUAAAUCCUAGUCCCAAACUGGCAGCACAAUACAGUAGCCUGGGUGGUAAGGAUUCACAGUUGACACCAACCCAGAACAGCUACCGAAGUACUCAGGAAUCUCAGCUCAACAGCACGGACCCCAUCUACCCGGAACUGCUGGAAUGUUCUGAAAAGGUUGACAAGAUCCUACCGCAGCUCACUACCUCUAUGUGGAUGAGAGGUCUUGGACAGCUCGUGCGGGCGCGUAAUAUACACACAAUUGGUGAUUUAUCCGCACUGACUGAACGUGAGGUUGACAACCUGCCAAUCAAAUCACCAAAGGUUUCCAUUGUACGCAGUGUGCUUCAGAAGUUUGGAACUCAAAAAGAGGCCAGGAAGGUCAAGAACCAGAAACUGGACACAACAAAUACUGUGAAAAAAGAUAAAGUGCCUAUAGAAGGUGACGUUCCUGGGGAGGAAAGUUUAUCUCCGUUGAAAAAACCUGUUACAGACCACAAUUUGGAUGGUGACAUGCCUAUACUGACCUCAGAAAAAGAUGGCAAUGAUGUUGACCAUUUCACGACAAAUAGCCAUGAUAUGUUGGACAAAGUUGUUUACGUGGAGGGUCUACAAGCCAGUGAUGACCCUUCAGAUACCAGCCAGUCAGCAGAAAAUUCAGAAUCUGCCGCAGGAUCGCUUCUGAAUUCCCUGGAGAACAUAGUGCGACAGUGUAAUGAUAAAACUAGGAUGAGAGAGUUCAAAACUGCGGAUAUUUUUCAAAUUCACCAUCAUCUAACAAACUUAACAGCGACUGUUAUGAAUGUGCUCAAGGAUAGAUGUCAAUGUCCGGAUCCCAAAUGAUGGUAAACCAAUCCCUACACCAGCUGAUGAUGUGCUACUAUUUUUAACUCGGUGGAACUUGUUAUUAAUUCAAACAAUUUUGAUUCUGCAAAACCAGCGAGUCUUUAGAAUGAUCAAAUUCUGAUACCAUUCAAAGUUAAGUUGUGACAGGUAAAUUUUGAUCAACUUCUGAUACCAUUCAAAGUUAAAUUGUGACAGGUAAAUUUUCAUCGACUUCUGAUACCAUCUAAGGUUAAAUUGUGACAGGUAAAUUUUGAAGUUGUAUUUUUUUUACGGCAGCUCAACUAUAUUAGAAUGAAGGCUGGAAGUGAAUUUCACUUAUUUUUAUUUACAAUGGUAGAAGAAUGAAGUGUGUGAUAAAACGGCUAACCACAUUUGUCAUCUCUGUUCACAGGGGUCAUGCCAGCGGUCGCCAAUAGCGCAAAAUACGAAAAUAAUAAUAAUUUGGGAAUAAAAAAAAUGUAACUGUUGUUUUAAAUCCUAUAAAAAUGUGCCCUGUGUCAGUACAUAGCUGUAAUACAGGUAAUAAUUUACCAUCUAGCUGCCUUAUCCAGGUGAAUUCACUGCCCAAUUAACUUAUUAGUCUCGUGCUAUAAUAUACAUCAUUGACAUCUAGUUUACCAGGUUGGUAACAUUGAAUGAUUGUCUGGAUGAAAUAUAUUUUUGCAUGAUACAAUACAAAAUGUUGGCAACUCGGAAUCGCUAGAUUUUGGUAUUUACUAUUUUGCUGCAGUCUAACCCUUCGUUGUUGGGUAUAAUAAUCAUGCAAUACUCUGAUAUCAUUGUCGUUGGAAAAUAAUCCAUGUUGGCAUGCAGGUUAAAGUUAAAAAAUAAUGAUGUAAUUAUAUUCUACAUAUUUGAAUGAAUUUGAAGCAUCAUCACCAAGACAUGAAAAUUAUUAUCCUUAUCACUAUAAAAAAAGUAAUUCUAAUGUGUGUCAUGUGGACUUUUUCUUAAUUAUGCAAAUUUGAAUUUCUUUAUUAUGCAUAUUACAAAUAUUGGUUAUGCAUAUAAUAAUAUCUUGAUCUUGGGGGGGAGCUGAGGUACUGGCGUGGUAGAAUACAUACAAAUUUUCACUGGGGUGGUACAUUAGUAUAUAAUUAGUACAACCUCUUUACGAUACCACCAUUUGUUCAGAGGAACUCCUUUGUAUUGUAAAGGUAUUGGCAAUAAAUUGAGGGAAAUGUAUAAAGGAGUUCUUAAGAAAAAGAGACAAUGAAAUAUGGUAAUAUUCAAGGUGGUAAAUGGAACGAGGUAACGAGGGGGAUUAUAUAAAAACUUGCUGUAUGUUAAGUAUUUUGAUAUUAAUGACAAUAAUAAAAACACUGUACUUGGAACCCUCUAAAUCUUGUUUCUAACGUAUGCUAUUAUCAUAUCAAUGCUUUCGAACAGGAAACAAUCUCCUGAAGCUAAAACUCUGUCUCCUGAAGCUACAUACAAUAAAAAUAUAUUAUAGUAUAGGUCCUGCUAGUAGAACCUGAUAAUGCCCAAGUUUUGUUUGAAAUAUUUUUAAUAUAUGAUUCAUUGUAAGUUCUGUUGAGAAUCAGUGUCAUAAUUGACUUGUAGAAUUUUUUCUCAGUGUGUCAUGAUUAUAUUUACAUCAAUAAAUAUUGCAAGAUCACUAAUGUCGACUGAAAACAAAGCUCCAGAUUUUUAACAUGUUUUCAAUAUUUUUGAUAAUAUGUACUGUGUUUGUUUUACAAUUUUAAAUUUUUCACAUCAGUGCAUAUAUUUUGUAUAAUAGUGCAAAAUGUAACAUAAUCUAGAUAACCAACUUUCUUUUGUUUCCAGGGAAUUUAUGCAAAAUAUAUUUGAAGAACUUGUGUAAAUUCAAGUGAGUUUAUCAAAUAUAUAACCUAGUUUUAUAGAGUAAAUGACAAUGGAUGCAAGGUGGGGUAAAUGUAACCCAGUUAAACAAUCUUUGGGCCUUCAAGUGUCUUUAUGGUACAUAUAUACAGAGUGAAGGUGUCUGAAAGGAUAAAAUGUGGAUGAUGUGUAUCAUUUGGAUGACCUAAUAAUCAUACAUGUAUACAAAAUGUGUAAAAAGAGUUAUGUAUGAAGGCUGUAAAGAUAUAUUUACUGGUCUUUGUAACUGAAUUCUUUCUUUUAAAAUGAUAUUUCCUGUUGUAGAUUCGAUAUGCAAUGAUAAUUCAGUUGAUACAGAAACUGUUACACCAUGAAGAGAGAUACUUCAGGGUUAAUUCUGGCUUCAAUUUGUCAAAGAUGCAUUUUUCCUUUGACAGUACAUGCAAAUGGUAAAGUUACCCGUAGCAAAUUUCAAUCUAUAGGAAUAUAUUACCAAAUUUUUCCCACAUUUGUAAAUAAAGUCUUUCCUAUACAGGUUUAUAUAGAAACUUUAAAUAGUACUUUUUGUAUGAUUCUGGAAUUCACAUGUAUAAUAAUGUAAGAAAAAUAUUUACAUGAAAUCAAAUUAAACUACGCACAGGUAUGAUUCACUGAAAAUGGUGAUUUCUUGGUGUGUUGAAUUUCACCAGUGGUGAAAAUGAGAAAUUUCUAUUUGAAGAGAUCUAGUUUGAGAGUGGAUUACCAGAGAGAUUGAUUCAUAGGGGAAAACGUAAUUAGUAUUUUUGUAAAAUUUACUGAAGAACAUUUUUCAAUGUAAUUAACUUUAAGAUAUACAUUCUGUACAUGUGCCAUCUGUAUAUUUUUAUCCUAGAUAAUAAAUUUGAUAUGUGUAUCACUCUGG